CAGCCAAGUCUGCACAGAAAAAUAAAUGAAGUCUGCCUAUCUGGGGCCGGAGCCCCUCCCCUCAGCCCGCGCAGAGGAGUGUGACCCAAGGGCCGCUUCCUCUGGCUGGUGAGCGGGUUAGGAGCAGGCCCGUGCGACCCUCGCACCGCUCUGCUGGGCCCCUCGGUCCCUACCCGGCCGGCGCCAUCGACGAUGAGCAACACCACCACUUCGCCAAACCACCCCCACCCUGACCCCGGGAUGGCCUGGACAACAGGAGACAUCGCCGUCAUUGCAGGAGUGAUCACUGCUGUGGCCUUCUUCCUGGUUGGCCUCCUCUUCCUCAUGCUACACUACAUGUACCGGCACAAGGGCACUUACCAUACCAAUGAGGACAAGGGCACAGAGUUUGCUGAGACCGCAGACGCAGCCCUGCAGGACGACCUUUCUCUCCAAGAUGCUGGUGACAACAGCAGAAAGGAGUACUUUAUUUGAGGGGCACGAGACCUCACCUCCCCCAACGCCUCCUCCUACUCCAUGACUUCACUCCACCACCUGCACCACCAAGCAGACCGUGAGGGCACCCACCUCAGCCAAAGACAUGGGAACACUGGGUGCUGGGCCAGGGAGCUGGGAGGAAAGGAGGAAUUCAGUGUGGAGAAUCCUCCUCCAGGGACACACUAACCACUCAUGAGGCCAGCCUUUGCUCUGCCAGGGGGAGAAAGUCUGGGUCUUCCUAGGCAAUGCAAUUUGUCCUCAGUGGGGUGUGUAAGUCCUUGCUGGGCCCGAGUGGGGUGGGUGGGCCUGGGGGCUGGGGAAGCAAGGAAGGAAGUCGGCACUAUGCUGAUUGGAACAAUGGCAUCAAAUGUCAGUCCUUGACAUCCAGGAGAACAGCAAGUGACAGGGCUAAAGACACCUUAGUCUUCCACUGAUCCAGCUGUAAAUGAAUGGAAAUAAAUUUGAAAUGUAACUGAGCACUCAGAGUCAAACAGCAUUACCAUAAUUGUCUGGGGAACAGUAAACGCCACCUAGGACUGGCAUUUCACCAAUGCAACUGUGUGUCUCUGGUAGAGUCUGCAUGCAUGCCUGUGUGCAUGGGGCUGCACAGUCCACUCCUGGCUCCACUGCCAGUCCCAGAAGAGAUGAUGCACAGAGCUCCUGGGCACAUCAGGGGAGGGAGGGACCAUGACCAGUAUUCCGUUUCCCCACACAGGCACUAGCUUCGUGAAACAAAUGUAAGGGCAGGAUGUCCCUUUAGAAAUAGAUUGUCCAUGCCACCAGGGCACUGGUUGAAGCAUUGAUUCUCUAAUACAGUAUUAGAAAAAAUGGAUCUCUUAAACAAAUAUGAGGGAACUGCAUCCUUCCCAUAACAACAGAGCCUGGAGUACAGGCUCCCUGGGUUUGGACUCUGGCUCCCCUUCCCUGGUCCUGGAACUGGCUUGACCUCUAUGGCCUCAACGUUUUUGUCCCUCUUGUGGACAUCCCACAACCCAUG